AUGGCUGUAGACACGUCUUCGUCCGUCGAUGGCGCGUCUCCCGCCGGCCAGGUCGACAACACUCCCCCGUCAUCUCCACCAACUGAUUCGUCCAAGGACGAACUUGCCCCCGAUGGCAACUUCGAACGCGAAGAGGCAAAAGCACUGGAGCGAAACCUGGAGGCCGAGAGAAAACGCAAGGCGUCCUUGAAGCGAAAAAAGAAAGCCGUCACUCACGCCGAGCGGGAGGCAAAGGCGAAAGAACUUGACAAGCUUCUGAAGCAGAGUGCGGCCUUUGCCGACAUCCUGCGUGGCAAGACCAAUGUCCUGGGUCGAGUUGGCACCGCUCUUGAUGGCAAGACCCUUGGUGAUCACGACCUCCAAAUGGCCACACAGCCCAAGUGCCUGGUGGGCGGUACAAUGCGCGACUACCAGUUAGAAGGGGUUACUUGGAUGUACGAGGUGUGCUUACAGGGCAUGAGCGGUAUCCUGGCCGACGAGAUGGGCUUGGGAAAAACCAUCCAGACCAUCGGCAUCAUUGGCCUGCUUCGCGAACAGGAAAAUUACCUUGGACCUCACCUCAUCAUCGCACCCCUCAGUACCUUGUCGAAUUGGAUUGCUGAGUUUCAAAAAUGGGCUCCUUCUAUUCCAGUCCUCAUGUACCAUGGUACUCCGAAGGAUCGGGAAAACCUUCGCAAGACGAAACUCUUUCCCAAUCUAGACAAGAUGGGCAAACCGACCAAUCGAUUUCCUGUGGUGUGUACAAGUUACGAAAUGGUCAUAAAAGACAGUUCUUCCUUGUCUAGGAUUCAAUGGGAAUUCAUCAUUGUCGAUGAGGGUCACCGUCUAAAGAACGCCGAGGCUCGUCUGUUCCAGGAGAUCUGCAAGUUUCGCAGUGCGACUCGUUUUCUCAUCACUGGCACUCCUCUGCAGAACAACCUGAAGGAACUAUGGUCGCUGCUCCACUUUCUAAUGCCCAGGAUCUUCACGGAUUGGGAGGCAUUUGAGACGUGGUUCGACUUCAGCGAUCUCCAAGAUGAGGAAGGUACAGAGCAAUUUAUUGAGGACAAGACCAAGCAGGACCUGGUGAAGAAGAUUCACACGGUGCUCCAGCCGUUGCUUCUGCGUCGUGUCAAAGCCGAUGUCGCAAACUACCUCCCAAAGAAACGCGAGUACGUCCUGUAUGCUCCAAUGACGAAGGAGCAGACAGAUCUCUACAAUGUCAUCACAAACAAAAAGGAAGAUACCAGAGCGUACCUCGAGCAAAAGGUUGUGGAGAGGUUGACGGGUACGACGAAUACACCGGCUACGUCUAGGAAAGCCACCCCGAGCUCGUCAAGAUCCGUGAGUGUCGUUAAGACGGAGAAAGAAGCCGAUGAUGAUUCUACUAGAAAGUGUACCUUCUCUGGCAAGAAUGCGUUUUCACUGUUGAUGGGUCAGCCGAAAAAGCGAGGCAGGCCGGCUAAGAACGCGGCCAAGUCAAAUAACAACGCCACAAAGCGAAAGGAGCCACCCACAUCGGAGGUCUCGACCCCAAAAUCUGCGCGAAUCACGACAAACUCCACUCCAGCUCAAUCCGCUAGAGGUAGGAGGCGCAAAGUCACCAGACGCUCGCUGAGACUGAAUGAGUCCGAUGAUGACGACCUCUCUGAUGACGAAUUCGAGGCGAAACUUGCAGAGGAAUUUGCUGAAGACGACGAAGCCGAGACCAUAGGCACUCCGGAAUCUACCGAGGAGAUAGAGCGGGCAGCGACGCUCGAGCUUGCUAAGAAGGAAAUUUCACGCAAAAAGCUCGGCAACGACCUAGUGCAGUUGCGGCUGACUUGCAAUUCGCCUCAUAACUUCUACCACCCGUGGGAUAAUGCGGAGGAUAUUGAUGAGAGCAUUGUCACCUCGUCGGGCAAGAUGCUACUGCUAGAUCGCCUCCUUCCUGCGCUUUUCGAGAGAGGAAGCAAGGUCCUGAUCUUCUCUCAGUUCUCGACACAGCUCGACAUACUCUGGGACUAUUGUGCCGAGCUUCGAGGCUGGAAAACCUGUCGCAUAAGUGGCAACGUCUCACAAGCGGAACGUCAAGCUCAGAUUGAGGAAUUCAACACGAACCCAGAGUGCAAAGUAUUCAUCCUGACCACACGUGCAGGAGGGCAAGGCAUCAAUCUCGCUAGCGCGGACACAGUCAUUCUGUUUGAUUCUGAUUGGAACCCCCAACAGGAUCUGCAGGCCCAGGAUCGUGCCCAUCGGAUUGGCCAAAAGCGACCGGUCAUCGUGUAUCGACUGGCGACAAAAGGCACGGUGGAGGAGGAGCUUCUCAUGAGCGCUGAUGCCAAACGUCGUCUUGAGAAGCUCGUGAUUCAGAAGGGCAGCUUCAAAAACAUGGGACAGAAGAAGGACCUCAACGAGUAUAUGGACAAGGAGACGCUUCGAUCCCUCCUCCUCAAGGAUGGAGAGGUGUUCAAGUUCUCCGGUGAUAAGACCAUCAUCAGCGAUACGGACUUGGAAAUACUAUGCGACAGGAGUGAUGCUGCAUACGAUCGUGCUGCAGCAGGUGCUGGCAACGCGGCCGGAUUCAAAGUCGUCGAAACUGGUGCCAACGGCCUCGUCACCAAAGGCUGA